AUGCUUUAUCGCCAAUCAAGUCUUGGCUUGAGAUGUGAUCACCGUAGAGCAAUACCGGAAAGGGUUGGAGAGGAGAUUGUGAGUGUCAACAAUAAUGCUCACAAAAUCGAAAAGGAAGAUUCCAACAAAUCGCUUUUGAAACCAUCUACCAUGCCACCAAUCUCCGCCGCCGCCGUAUCUUCUCUUGAGGAAGGAGCAGGUAAGAAACUUGCAGAUUGGGAAAUUCAUUUUCAGCUUCAAAGCAUCGAGGAACACAAUCUAGAUCGUCGGAAUUUUGUGCCUAUUCAACUAUGGAAUACAAACAAGACGAUGUUUGGUGAAAAAGGAAGCAUCACAAGAAAGCGCUACAGUCGGUUCAUCAACAACACUGUGAAACGGGUGGGCAUUGAAACCUACAUCAAAUUGCUAAAGAAACACAAGAUCGAGAUGUCAGAUACAACUCGUGCUGAACUCGAAUCAAACGAGGAAAACCCUGUUGACGCAGACGAAAGGAUGGAGACGGAGGAGACCGAGGAGGACAAACCAACAACAGAGCAGCGCGAUGUGCCAGCUCCUGAACAGCGUACUGCAGUGUCUUCGACAAUUCCAGAACAAGCAACUGCACUCAACUCCUCUUUUGACCUCCUUGUUUCUAAUCUUUCAGGGAUGAACAUUUCUGCAAACUCCUCUAUUGGCUCACCAAGUCAAAUCUUCGGAGCCACAAGCUAUGGAUCUCAUAGUUUCUCCUCUCCUUGUGGCUUUGGUUCCCCACCAACAAGAACCAGGCCCAGCUACCCUCUUCCCGACUAUCACCAAGAUGGUUCCAAGAAAUGGCCAAACGUCAUCUAUAAUUUUCCAGAACAUGGCCACCGCCACGGAAACACUUUCAUUUGCCAAGGUCUGAUCGAACAAGACCAUAUUGAGUAUCAAACCAUCACUGUGAACUGCCCAUGCCCCCCAGAUGACUACAAGUUCUAUGAACUCAAAAUCGCAAAUUCUUUUGAGGUGCCAGCUUGCUUUCAAAAGCAUCUCGGUCAUAUUCUUUUGUUUCGAGAGCCAGUAGCCAACUUCACUGCAUGUCAGUACCAGAAGUUUGGUAUUGCUAAGUCCGAUAAUCCCGGAGCAAAGAAGACUGUUGUCAAUGCCCUGAAGGCAGAGGCAGUGAAUGCUGAGAGAGACUUGGACCUAUUUUUCAAUUACUCGAUCAUCGUGUUUUCAAUGGAACAACCAGUGUUCGCGAAUAGAAUCUUCUCCCCCAAGUCGGACUUUAUUGUUGACAGCGAGAAGAGUGGCAUCCAUAACAAGCCUGAAGAUAACACCAGUUUCAAGAAAGACCAGUAUGGCCUCACUCUUUCCUGGAAGAUUGCUUUGGCUGGGGAAUUCCGAGAGUUGAAGAGCAGUGUAGAGGAGCCUGACGCAGAUUCAUUCUUCACCAUGACCAAUUAG